AACCAAUUCAAAAUCAAGGAAGACAUUUGUUAGUGCUGGCUGUUACAAAAGGUAAUCAAACAAACAAGGGGAUAAACAAUAGGGUGGGUGUGACAAGCUUUGGAAGGACCACGUGGAAAGCUCCCUGAGGAACUUAUUCUACCACCCUCUCAGGACGGAUAUAAGUGAGCGGUGCAGAGAGUUCGCUGCAGUUCGUGGUCUUGGUCUGUUGGUCGUCCUUGCAGCGCAGCCAUGGCGAGCUCCAAGAAACCCUCCCUCUUCAUCUCCCUUCUCCUCCUCUUGCUCGUUGUUUCAGCUGUCCAUGGAGCUCAGCCUGCAGAUGCUGGGGACACAGCAGCAGGCGGCGCCGAGCGGGUCGCGGUGAGGAGCUCAGGCCAUGGCCACGGGUACAGCAGCAGCCACAGCGGUGGGCACACGAGCGGCGGCACCGGCACGCCGGAGCAGGGCGGCGCGGGGUCCGUCGACCCCCGGAACCUCAACGCCAGGAGCCACCACCGCAGCGGCGCGGCGAGCAGGGCCGGCCUCGGGUACUCUUCUCCGGUGGCUUGGGGGCUUGUCGGAGCGAUCCUUGCCGUGGCUCUUCUUCCAUGACACGUUGAACAAAUGCUGAGCGCAAAUGCAAUGUAUCGUGCGUGUUGCAGUUUCUUCGCUAGUCCCUUGUGUUUUGCUUGUAUGGAGGCUAGAGGGAGGGACCGAAAUGUGCGCGUGAAUGUGAAGUAGUUCUGCCCCCUAGAGUGAAGUUUCAAAUUUUUGGCUUUUCAUGCACAAAAGCUUGAUGAGGGGCUUGUUUGUGAUGUGGCAUGGUAAAUUUUGGGUUGCCAUGUCAUGUCAUUAUAAGGUUUUAAAUAUUUAAAUUUGGUUAAAUUUGCCA